AUGGUUAUUGCAUUGGGCUUAGAAGGCAGUGCCAAUAAGCUAGGCAUUGGGGUUAUAAAAGACGGUGAAGUGUUAGCAAACUGUAGACGAACUUACAUAACCCCACCGGGCGAAGGCUUUUUACCCAAAGAAACAGCCGAGCACCACCGAAAAAAUGUGAUAAGUGUCCUCAGAGACGCACUCAAUCAAUCGGGUGUCAAACCGGCUGAAAUCGAUGUUAUUUGCUACACCAAGGGCCCCGGCAUGGGGGCCCCUUUGGCUAGCGUUGCAGUGGUUGCCCGGACCUUGGCCCAGCUGUGGGAUAAACCGCUGCUGGGCGUCAAUCAUUGCAUAGGCCACAUUGAGAUGGGGCGCCUUAUUACAAAAGCCACAAACCCGACCGUUCUCUACGUCAGUGGGGGCAACACGCAAGUGAUAGCGUAUUCCAGGCAUAAAUACCGAAUUUUUGGUGAAACUAUUGAUAUUGCUGUGGGAAAUUGUUUAGACCGCUUUGCCCGGGUUUUGAAACUUCCGAAUGACCCAAGCCCGGGCUACAACAUCGAACAAAUGGCAAAAAAGGGGAAAAAAUUCAUUGAAUUGCCAUACUGUGUGAAAGGGAUGGACGUUAGUUUUUCGGGAAUUUUAACAUUUAUGGAAGAGAGAGCCGAGAAAUUUCUCAAACAGGGGUAUUCCCCUGAAGAUUUAUGUUUCUCUCUUCAAGAAACUUUGUUUGCAAUGUUGGUGGAAACGACUGAACGUGCGUUAGCACAUUGUGAUUCUCGGGAGGUUCUUAUUGUGGGGGGCGUGGGCUGUAAUGAGAGAUUACAGGAAAUGAUGAAGCAAAUGUGUGAAGAGCGAGGGGCGAAGCUGUUUGCGACCGAUGAGCGAUUUUGUAUUGAUAAUGGGGUGAUGAUAGCACAGGCUGGGUAUGAAAUGUUCAAAUCGGGCACUAGGAUGAAGUGGGAGGAGUGUUUUAUUACUCAGAGGUAUCGAACCGAUGAGGUUGAAGUCACUUGGCGUGUAGAUUAAUGAAUUAAUUGUAUUUUUGUGGAAUAAAGAUUUGAAUUGUU